AUAAUAUUGAUUAUUAUAUAUUUAAUAAGCAAAACAUGGCCAACGCGUAUUAUAUAUUAUCAGAGUAGUCUCAGAGCGCAUGUUCUUCAGACCAAUUAGGUCGUACGAAUUUGGAUGGACGACUGACAAGGUCUUUGGCCUGGUAUGGACGCUAGUUGGUGGUUCUACGCCUGUGCCAGUCGCGCGACCAGCGUCCUAAGAAUAUGUGGGUCAGGCGCACAGGGUCUGGCGUACCUGGUACUAAGUCACAGGACCUACGCAUCGCGCCGAACGACCCAGUUCGGCAGCACCCAGGUCCCGGGCACCAGCCCUCUGUUCCGAUGCGCCCGAUCUGUAUGGUCUCAGGACACUGGUCGCACGACUGGCACAGGCGUAGGACCGCUAACUGGCGUCCAUUGUUGAGUAUCACGGGUGGCUGUGUUGAAUAUUAUGGUGGCUGAACCUUAUGGCAGGGAUUGGGAACGGAUAUAUAU